GCUCGGGCGCCCCGGGUGCCCGCUGAGCACGCACCCGCAAGCCCGGGUCCCUCCCGGCGGCGCGCAGCCCGGCCCCAGCGCUGUCGGUCCCCGCGGGGCGAUGGGCUGAUGGGCGCCGGGGGACGCAGGAUGCGGGGGGCGCCCGCGCGUCUGCUGCUGCCGCUGCUGCCGUGGCUACUGCUCCUAGCGCCCGAGACCCGGGGUGCGCCGGGCUGCCCGGUGCCCAUCCUCAGCUGCAAGUGCUCAGGCGAGCGGCACAAGGGACUUGGCAGCGGCGCCCCUAACCCUGCGCGCAGGAGGGUGGUGUGUGGCGGCGGGGACCUCCCGGAGCCUCCCGAGCCCAGCCUUCUGCCUAAUGGCACCGUGACCCUGCUCUUGAGCAACAACAAGAUCACAGGGCUCCGGAAUGGAUCCUUCUUGGGACUCUCCCUGCUGGAGAAGUUGGACCUAAGGAACAAUGUCAUCAGCACGGUGCAGCCUGGUGCCUUCCUGGGCCUGGGGGAGCUGAAGCGCUUAGAUCUCUCCAACAACCGGAUUGGCUGUCUUACUUCUGAGACCUUCCAAGGCCUCCCCAGGCUUCUCCGACUAAACAUAUCUGGGAACAUCUUCUCCAGUCUGCAGCCUGGGGUCUUUGAUGAGUUGCCAGCCCUUAAGGUUGUGGACUUCGGCACUGAGUUCCUGACCUGCGACUGCCACCUGCGCUGGCUGCUCUCCUGGGCCCGGAAUCACUCCCUGCAGCUGUCAGAGCGCACACGCUGCUCCUACCCCAGUGCCCUGCACACUCGGGCCCUGGGUGGCCUCCAGGAGGCUCAGCUCCGCUGCGAGGGGGCCCUGGAGCUGCACACACACCACCUAAUCCCCUCCUUGCGCCAAGUGGUGUUCCAGGGGGACCGGCUGCCCUUCCAGUGCUCUGCCAGCUACCUGGGCAAUGAUACCCGCAUCCACUGGUACCACAACCGGGCCCCCGUGGAGGGCGAUGAGCAGGCUGGUGUCCUCCUGGGGGAGAGCCUCAUCCACGACUGCACCUUUAUCACCAGUGAGCUGACCCUGUCUCACAUCGGCCUCUGGGCCUCAGGCGAAUGGGAGUGCUCCGUGUCCACAGUCCAGGGCAACGCCAGCAAGAAGGUGGAGAUCGUGGUACUGGAGACCUCCGCCUCCUACUGCCCUGCCGAGCGCGUCGCCAACAACCGCGGAGACUUCAGGUGGCCUCGAACUCUGGCUGGCAUCACAGCCUACCAGUCCUGCCUGCAGUACCCCUUCACCUCAGUGCCCCUGAGCGGGGGUGCCCCAGGCACCCGUGCCUCCCGCCGGUGUGACCGCGCUGGCCGCUGGGAGCCUGGGGACUACUCCCACUGUCUGUACACCAACGACAUCACCCGGGUGCUCUACACCUUUGUGCUGAUGCCCAUCAACGCCUCCAACGCACUGACCCUAGCCCACCAGCUGCGAGUGUACACGGCCGAGGCCACCAGCUUUUCAGACAUGAUGGAUGUAGUCUAUGUGGCUCAGAUGAUCCGGAAAUUUUUGGGUUAUGUUGACCAGAUCAAAGAGCUGGUGGAGGUGAUGGUGGACAUGGCCAGCAACCUGAUGCUGGUGGAUGAGCACCUGCUGUGGCUGGCCCAGCGCGAGGACAAGGCCUGCAGCGGCAUCGUGGGUGCCCUGGAGCGCAUCGGGGGUGCCGCCCUCAGCCCCCACGCCCAGCACAUCUCUGUGAACUCAAGGAAUGUGGCACUGGAGGCCUACCUCAUCAAGCCGCACAGCUACGUGGGCCUGACCUGCACGGCCUUCCAGAGGAGGGAGGCAGGGGCUACCGUGGCACGGCUGGGCAGCCCGGGCCAGAAUCCCCCACCUGAGCCUGAGCCCCCGACUGACCAGCAGCUCCGCUUCCGCUGUACCACCGGGCGGCCCAACGUCUCCCUGUCGUCUUUCCACAUCAAGAACAGCGUGGCCCUGGCCUCCAUCCAGCUGCCCCCCAGUCUGUUCUCAUCCCUUCCGGCUGCCCUGGCUCCCCCAGGCCCCCCAGACUGCACCCUGCAACUGCUCGUCUUCCGAAAUGGCCGCCUCUUCCGCAGCCACAGCAACACCUCCCGCCCUGGAGCUGCUGGGCCUGGCAAGAGGCGCGGCGUGGCUACCCCGGUCAUCUUUGCAGGAACCAGUGGCUGUGGCGUGGGAAACCUGACCGAGCCAGUGGCUGUUUCCCUGCGGCACUGGACUGAGGGGGCCGAACCUGUGGCAGCUUCGUGGAGCCAGGAGGGGCCUGGGGGGCCCGGGGGCUGGAGCUCCGAAGGCUGCCAGCUCCAUUCCAGCCAGCCCAAUGUCAGCUCCCUGCACUGCCAGCACUUGGGCAACAUGGCCGUGCUCAUGGAGCUGAGUGCCUUUCCCCGGGAGGGAGGGGGCUCAGGGGCAGGGCUGCACCCUGUCGUGUACCCCUGCACAGCCCUGCUACUGCUCUGCCUCUUCUCCACCAUCAUCACCUACAUCCUCAACCACAGCUCCAUCCACGUCUCCCGAAAAGGCUGGCACAUGCUGCUGAACCUCUGCUUCCACAUGGCCAUGACUUCUGCCGUCUUUGCGGGGGGCAUCACACUCACCAACUACCGGGUGGUCUGCCAGGCAGUGGGCAUCACUCUGCACUACUCUUCAUUGUCUACGCUGCUCUGGAUGGGUGUGAAGGCCCGCGUGCUCCAUAAAGAACUCACCUGGAGGGAGCCUCCUCCACAAGAAGGAGACUCUGCCCUGCCUGCUCCCCGCCCCAUGCUCCGGUUCUAUCUGAUCGCUGGAGGGAUCCCACUCAUUAUCUGUGGCAUCACCGCUGCUGUCAACAUCCACAACUACCAGGACCACAGCCCGUACUGCUGGCUGGUGUGGCGUCCAAGCCUAGGAGCCUUCUACAUCCCGGUGGCCUUGAUUCUGCUGGUCACCUGGAUCUACUUCCUGUGUGCAGGGCUGCGCUUACGGGGUCCACUGGCACAGAACCCAAAGGGGCCCAACAGCAGGGUCUCCCUGGAACCAGGGGAGGAGUCAAGGGGUUCCACCAGGCUUAGGAGCAGUGGCCCCCUUCUGAGUGACUCAGGUUCCCUUCUAGCUGCUGGGAGCUCAGUUGUGACAACGCCUGGACCCCCCGAGAAUGGUGAUGGCCUCUACUCUCCGGGAGUCCAGCUGGGGGCACUGGUGACCACGCAUUUCUUAUACCUGGCCAUGUGGGCCUGCGGAGCCCUGGCCCUGUCCCAGCGCUGGCUGCCCCGCGUGGUGUGCAGCUGUCUGUACGGGGUGGCGGCCUCCGCCCUGGGCCUCUUUGUCUUCACCCACCACUGUGCCAGGCGCAGAGACGUUAGGGCCUCCUGGCGCGCCUGCUGCCCCCCUGCCUCAGCCUCGGCUUCCCAUGCCCCACCCCGGGCCCUGCCCGCCGCCCCAGAGGACGGUUCCCCAGUGUUUGGGGAGGGCCCUGCCUCCCUCAAGUCCUCCCCGAGUGGCAGCAGCGGCCACGCGCCGCCCCUGGGCCCCUGCAAGCUCACCAACCUGCAGCUGGCCCAGAGUCAGGUGUGUGAGGCAGGAGUGGCAGCCCGCGGAGAAGGGGAGCCAGAGUCCAUGGGCUCCCGAGGGAGUCUCGCUCCACGCCAUCCCAACAACUUGCCCCACGGGCGCCGAGUGCACAAAAGCCGGGCCAAGGGGCACCGCGCGGGGGAAGCGGGCAGCAAGAACCGGCUCAAGGCCCUGCGCGGGGGCGCGCCGGCGAGCGCGGCGGCCGGGGUGCCGGAGCUGCUGAGCAGCGAGAGCGGCAGCCUGCACAACAGCCCGUCCGACAGCUACCCGGGCAGCAGCCGCAACAGCCCCGGCGCCGGCCGCCAGCACGAGGGCGAGCCCAUGCUCACGCCGUCCGAGGGCAGCGACACCAGCACGGCGCCGCUCCCGGAGGCGGGGCGGCCCGGCCAGCGCCGCAGCACCAGUCGCGACAAUCUCAAGGGCGGCGGGGCCGGGGCGCUGGAGAAGGAAAGCAAGCGCCGCUCGUACCCGCUCAACACUGCCAGUCUGAACGGGGCCCCCAAGGGGGGCAAGUAUGAUGACAUCAAUAUGACAGGCGCGGAGGCGACCGGAGGCGGCUGCAUGAAGACCGGCCUCUGGAAGAGCGAGACCACGGUCUAGGAUGGGGGUGGACGACACUUUAAGCAAGCCGGCCCUGGGCUUCUUACCCACCGUCCCCCCAAUUCCGGUUCCUCCCAGGCCCUCAAAGACGUCUUUUGCUACGUCAACAGAUCUGAGGUAGAGAUGCCGGUGACUCUCACCUGCUUUAGUCCUGGAGGCUGGGGAGGAGGUAGGAAGAUGUUUCCCACUUUCCAAGAGGGCCAUCCCUCUGGGGUAGCGACAGACAAUCCCAGAACACGUGCAUGAUACAUUUCCCUCCCAGCCCAGGCUAGUUCUGGUGGCCACAUCGUUGGUGCCUACUGGGGUAGGGGAGAAAGUCCUGUCGGUCUGUAGUGACAAGCUGGGCGGAAGGGCACAGGGCAGCCCAGGGGCUCCUCCUUAGGUACUCCCCGGUCCAUCCACACUGCCUCAUUGGUGGUGGUCCGCCUUAUAAGGAUAACAUGAUGGAGUUUGGGAACUGCCUUCUCUCUCUCCUCACUGCCCUCCUGUAAGUCCGCCCAGUCUGUGCCCAGACCUAGGACCUCUCCUACCCAGGUCUUGGCUAAUAAGCGAGGAGCCAGCCUAGUGGAUGAGCCAGGUGACAAGGACUAAUGGGGGGGGGGGAGUGGGAAAGGCAGCUUUGGAGAUCAACAGUCCUGGGGGAGGGUAGCUGGUGGGAAGAGUGCACAAUUAAGAGAUGAAAACACAAUUCCCACAGAGUGGCAUGCAAAUAUGACAUAGGGCUCAGAGGGGGGCAUCAGACAAAGCUAAGGCCCUAGACCUAUAAAGUUGACUGUCAGAUGUCUGAGGGAAGUAGGGGGAGCCAGGACUUGGAUCUAGUCAUGGCCUAAACUUGAUCCAGUAAACAAUGGAUGAAGAAGGGCUCCACGGACAGCUGCGGGCGGUAUUGGGAGAGGCACUUACUGUUCAAUUACAAGGCCCAUAUCCCCACUCUCAGCCUUCCAACACCAUGGGACUGGGGAAGAGCCCUUCCCUGCCUCAGUGAGGUCAUAUGGAAGAACCAUUCCCAGUAACUCGCUCUCUAGAUCUGGAAACCCCCAACACAUCAAACCAGCUUCCUGACUCAGAAGCCCAAGCCAACCUCUGAGGUAGUGGCUACGGUCCCUGCAGCUUACCUGGGGCCUAUGCCUUCUGCUUUGAAACUCCAGUGCCCGUAUUUUUCCCAACCUAAAAAACCACCACCGGCCUUUUAUUAUAGGGCCAAAUGAAAGUGGUGGAAACCCUGGGCCUGUUGAAGAGUAAAAGAACGCCCAGGUCCAGGCCCCGGUCCCCUCCUAAGCUCUACACCACCCCAGCCCAAUCAUAAGGUGUAGAGGGCGUAGGGGAGGGGGAAAGCCCACACUUCUGAGGAUGGAUCGUGCUAUUUAUGCUUGCUGCAGAGACAGUAUUAGAAAGAAAGAAAAAAAAAAGCUUUGUAUUAUCCUUCCACAUAUGCUGGCUGCUGUUUACAUACCCUGCCAAUGCCUUAGCACUGGAGAGCUUUUUGCAAUACGCUGGGGAAAGGGGAGGGAGGGUAUGAAAAGUGCCAAAGAAAACAUGUUUUUAAAAGCUCGGGUUUUAUACAAUAGAAUGUUUUCUAGCAGAUGCCUCUUGUUUUAAUAUAUUAAAAUUUUGCAAAGGCCGUUGAGCUAUA